AUGUCUUAUUUAAAUAUUGUGAUUUAUUGCAUUUUGGUAUACGUAUCACUUGUCACACUGUUCACACAUGCGAACGUAAUUUCGAAGGACAAUGUUCCAAUAAAAGUUGAUAUUAUACCAUCGGAAUAUGAUUUAUUCGUUGAAACAACUGAAAAACAUUAUCAAGAUGCCAAAGAAAAUGAAGAACUUACAUUUAGAGGAACUGUGAAAAUUAAUUUUACGUUUCAUUUACUUCCGCCUAAGAAAAGUUUUUUUUUCCUCAUCAAUGCUUCUCCUAAAACCGUUGUCAACAAUGUUGAAAUUAUGGGCAAAAGCGAGUAUAAUUCUACUAAAUUGAAUGAUUUUGAACACGAUCUUGCAAAUGGUGUACUCACAGUUCAAUGCAAAGACUCAUUCAAACAAGAUUAUGAUUCAUAUCAAAUUAUCAUUGAUUUUGAAAACACAUUUGGAAAUGAUAUGUCUGGAUUUUACAGAAGUUCUUAUACAGGAACAGAUGGAAAAAAGAGGUGGUUGCUUACUACUCACUUUGAACCCAUAUUUGCAAGGAAAGCUUUCCCUUGUGUAGACUGGCCAGCUUUCAAAGCUCAUUUUAAAGUUUCGAUUUCAUAUCCGAAAGCUUUAGAAGGAUACCACGUUUUGUGUAAUACUCCAAUCGAGAAGGUUUUGAAAAACGGUGAAAAUGUGACUGUUCAAUGUGCCAAAACAUCGAUUCCUAUGUCAACUUAUUUAGUUGCAUUUACUAUAUCUGAUUUUGCUAAAACAGAAUCGCUUGAAUUUGAAAGCAAAUAUCCAGAAGCAAUGAGUCCUAAAAGAUUCAUCACAACAUAUGGUAGAAAUGACACAAUUCGAAAAGGUCAUGCUCAUUUAAGUCAGAAAGCAGGUUUAAAUGCUGUCAAAGAACUUGGAAAAUACUUACAAACAGGCUAUGCUUUUGAAAAAGUUGAUCAAGUGGGAAUACCUGAUUUCUCAGCUGGUGCCAUGGAAAAUUGGGGUCUUAUAUUAUUCAGAGAAAAAUCUUUGUUUAUUAAUGAAAAAAAUGGAACAGUCGCACCGAAACAAUCAAACAUUUUAACAAUUACUCAUGAAUUAGUACAUCAGUGGUUUGGAAACUUGGUUACUCUUGAUUCUUGGGAUUACAUUUGGCUUAAUGAAGCUUUUGCGACUUAUGUUUCAUAUUUAAAUGAAAUUGGAACUUCCGAUUGGAAAUAUUUACAUCAAAUGUUGGUGAGAGAAGUUCAUGCGAGAGCUUUUGAAACUGAUGGUUUUGUCGCUUCUAAAGCCAUGACACAUCGCAUUGGAAAUGAAAAUCUUAUUGCGGCAGCUUUUAAUGAUGUUCCUUAUGCAAAAGGUGGAUCCGUUUUGAGAAUGUGGGAUAUGAGUCUCGAACCGGAUACAUUUCGAAAAAGUUUAGCUACUUACGUUAAAGUCAAUGCUCAAAAACCUGUAAACCCUAACGAUUUGUAUAAUGCUUUUAAACAAGAGGCUAAAAUGGAUGUUAGAUUUUUCGAAACCUGGCAUUCGCAACCUGGAUACCCGGUUGUUCAAGUGAAAAAGAAUGGAGAUAAUUACACUUUAACUCAAGUAAAAGCAAAAGCACCUGAAACAUAUUACAUUCCAAUUACGUAUUCAAAAAAAGGUUCGAGUAAUUCCCCGGGGGCAAAAUAUUGGUUAGAAAACGACCCACUUACAAUCAAUAUAUCUGGAAAUUGGUUUGUUUUGAAUAAUCAACAAGCAGGUUAUUACAGAGUUAACUACGAAAAGAAUCAUUGGCUCGUACUUGCCGAAGUCCUACGUAAAACCCACGAAAAAAUUCACGUCCUUAACAGAGCUCAGCUAGUCAACGACGUGUUCAGUUUAGCCAGAUCCAUACAAAAGGAUUACAUCGAUUACAGUACGGCAUUCACACUUUCAAGUUAUUUGAAGGGAGAAAAAAGUUACGUCGUAUGGAACACUGCUCUGAGAGCAUUUGAAUUUAUGAUGUCAAAAUUAUCACACGAUGAAGUUUUAGACAAAAGGCUUAAGAAUUACGUCUUGGAUUUAGUUCAACCUCAUUUUCAAGAAUUAAACAGCACUCACGAAGAACAUUUAGACAAACUUAUGGCAGUUCAAAUUUCCAGAUGGGCGUGUUUAUUGAAUCAUGUUCCUUGCAAUUUAUUAAAUUUAAAAUGUUUUGUUUUUUAUUUAAGAGCAUCCAAAUAUCCGGAAACGGAAGAAGUCAUUCUCUGCACGGCUAUAAGAACAAACGCUAAAAAUUGGGACAAAGUUUUUGACAUGUACAAAGAUGAGAAAGAAAGUUCUAGAAAACUCAUGUAUUUGAACGUGUUGGGUUGCACGAACGAUACGACAAUCGCCGAAGAGUAUUUGAACAAAACGCUCAAAUCGGAUUCGCACAUACGUGAACAAGAUUUAACAUUUGCUCUAUCCUCCGUAUAUAACGGAGCUUUUAAAAACGUUGAAGUAGCUUUUAAAUUUGUCGAAAACAAUUUCGAAACCAUCUCUAAAAAGUUUGUAUCGAGAAGAAGAAGAAGAAAAAAAAUGUCGAGUCGCUUGGCAUCCCAUUGCGAUCGAUUCGAUUUCCACGAACGAAUCACAAACGAAAAAUUUAUUUAUUUUUUUUUUUUUGUUUUCAGGUACGGUGGAAUAAAUCCUCUAGGUAGAGCCAUCGAAGGAAUAGCCGUUAAAUUACAUUCUCACGAAUACAUAGCGAGAGUAAGUUUCAUUUGA